CUUUUGACUUCCUUAAAAAUUAUAGGAAAGAAACAAAAACAAAAACAGAUUUCUGCUGAAAGAAUGAAGAAAAAUGUCAAAGAGUGGAGUUGUUCGUACUAUUUUUAUCUACAAAGAUUGCAACUUUUUGACAUUUGCUGACACCCAAUUCAAGAUUUUCGAUUCCCGGUGAAAUUAGUAGUUGAACUUGAGAUUUCUGGGCUAAAAUGUUGUUUUCGUUCUUGAAAUGAAGUUGGGGUUCUUCUUUUUUGUUGUGAUGACUGUAAUUUUGAUCUCUCUUGGUUUUUGUUGAACCCAUGAGUGUUGGUUUGCUUUUGAGAAUCAUAAAUUGAGGAUCUUUUUAGUGGGUUUAGAGUAUUGUUAUGGAGAUUAUUGCACCAAAGCCAUUGAAUAACAUAUGGAUUAGGAGACAGCAAUGCCCUUGUGGAGAUUGGAAGUGUUACAUUAAAGCUGAUGGAGAUGAUCACAUAGCAAAUGUUUCUCAAAUGACAAAGAGUGAAACAGCAUCGUCUUCGUCCCAAGAUGUUGUCUUUACUCCAUACGUUGGGCAGAUAUUUAGAAGUGAUGACGAAGCAUUUGAAUAUUAUAGCAACUUUGCUAGGAAGAAUGGGUUUUCUAUUAGGAAAGCACGCUCAACAGAAAGCCAAAAUUUGGGGAUUUAUAGAAGGGAUUUUGUGUGUUACCGAUCUGGAUUCAAUCAACCAAGGAAGAAGGCUAAUGUGGAACAUCCUAGGGAUAGGAAAUCAGUAAGGUGUGGAUGUGAUGCGAAGCUGUACUUGACAAAAGAAAUUGUUGAUGGUGUAGCACAAUGGUAUGUUUCUCAGUUUAGUAAUGUUCAUAAUCAUGAAUUAUUGGAAGAUGAUCAAGUUCGACUACUUCCCGCUUACCGAAAAAUCCAAGAGGCUGACCAGGAACGGAUUCUUUUGCUGUCCAAAGCUGGGUUUCCUGUCAAUCGGAUAGUGAAAGUGCUGGAAUUAGAAAAAGGAGUUCAACCGGGGCAGUUGCCUUUUAUAGAAAAAGAUGUCAGAAAUUUUGUCAGGACGUGUAAGAAAACUGUUCAGGAGAAUGAUGCUUUGAUCACAGAGAAAAGAGAAAAUGAUCUGUCGGAGCUUCUUGAGGCUUGCAAAGCAUCAGAACAAAAGGAUGAGGGGUUUGUUUACAGCUUUACUACUGAUGAAAAUGGCAGAGUGGAAAACAUCGCAUGGUCAUAUGGACACUCACUUCAAGCAUAUUCGUUUUUUGGUGAUGCUGUCAUUUUUGACACUACAUACCGCUCUAUCACGUAUAAUAUGCUAUUUGGUGUCUGGUUUGGAAUUGACAAUCAUGGGAAUGCACUUUUUCUUGGAUGUGUUCUGCUGCAAGAUGAGACAUCACAAUCAUUCUCUUGGGCCUUACAGUCUUUUGUUCGAUUCAUGAGAGGGAGGCAACCUCAGACGAUCGUGACUGAUAUAGAUUCAGGGCUAAGAGAUGCUAUAGCAAGCGAGAUGCCUACCACUAAGCAUGUUAUAUGUAUAUGGCAAGUUCUCUCAAAAUUAUCUAGUUGGUUCUCCUUGCCUCUUGGAUUACAGUAUCCAGAUUUUAAAUCUGAGUUUGAUAUGUUAUGUCGACUGGAAAAUGUAGAGGACUUUGAGCAUCAAUGGAAUCAACUGGUUGCUCGGUUUGGACUUGGUUCAGAUAAGCACAUCGCUCUUCUUCUCUCUUAUCGAGCAUCCUGGCAAAUUUCUUACAUGCGGAACUUUUUCCUGGCUCGAACAAUGAGCAUUGAGUAUUGGAAAUUGGUAGAGACAUUCAUGAAGAAUAUCUUGAGCCCUCAAUCAAGCUUACUAUUAUUCUUUCAGCAGGUUGGUUUGGUGUGCAACUUUGGGAAUCACAAGAAGGAAAAGCAACUUUAUAUGCCUGCUAAGACUUGCCUGCCUCUUGAAGAACAUGCAAGGAGUAUUCUUACGCCUUAUGCCUUCAAUAUCAUGCAGCAUGAGGUUAUGCUGUCUAUGCAAUAUGCAAUAACAGAAAUGGCUAAUAGUACAUAUCUUGUGAGGCACUACAAGAAAAUGGAAGCAGAGUGUCUUGUUAUUUGGAUUCAUGAAGAUGAGCAAGUUCACUGCUCUUGUAAGGAAUUUGAGCACUCCGGCAUUUUGUGCCGCCAUUCGAUUCGAGUGCUAGUAUCUAAGAACUACUUUCAAGUCCCAGAAAAAUAUUUUCCACUUAGAUGGAGACCAGAGAGUUCCUUAGCUCCCCUGGAUGAUUCAUUCAUUCAAAGUAGUGCUAAUGAGUAUUCUCAAGUAUUCCAUGCUCUUAGUGGAAGUCUAUAUUCAGAAUCAUUUAUCUCUAAGCAGCGUUUUAAUUAUGUUAAUAGAGAGCUCAAACAGCUCCUUGAGCAUGUACAGAAAAUGCCUACUGUAGAUGAAGUUGCUGCGAGUUCAGCACCUAUCAGUGUUAGUGAACUGUAGCACUUAUGAUGUUUUGCCUGGUGGCUUAUUUAGCAAUAUUAGGGAACUAAAUCUUUUGCGAAGGUACAUUUGAGAAAGAACUUAGGCAUGAAUGUGCAAGAAUUUAUUUACUUUGUAGAGCAAAAAAAGUUACAGUAUCAACGUGGAACCACAGAGAGUAAUUAAAAAACAUUUUUUCUUAA